GCGUUUUUGAAUGCUUGGAAGGAUGCAUGUAAAUGGGAGGGUGGUGCGAAAAUGCAUAUACCGCGAGGGGUGUACAUGGUUAGCUCGGUAUUGUUUACAGGAACGUGCAAAGGUUCCGUUACCGUUAGGAUCCAAGGGAUAGUUAGGGCCCCAACGAACCCUUCGUUGUUCUUCGGGGACACGUGGAUCGGUUUCCGUUACAUUGACGGCUUGGUUAUGGAAGGCGGAGGGACUUUGGACGGUCAAGGGGCUUCUGCUUGGCCCUACAAUGAUUGCAACAAAAACCCUCAUUGCCCUAAGCUUCCUGCGUCGGUGAGGUUUGAUUUUGUGAAGAACGCCAUAGUGCACAACAUCCAUUCAAUCAACAGCAAGAACAUCCAUUUCAACGUCUUCGCGUGUGACAACGUGGCGUUCACCGGCGUCACGUUGUUAGCACCCCGCGAUAGCCCCAACACCGAUGGAAUCCACAUCGGAACCUCCACCAACAUCAGAAUCUCCCGGUCGGUCAUCGGCACCGGAGACGACUGCAUAUCCAUGGUCUCCGGUAGCCAGAACAUCGCCAUUGAAAACGUGGUGUGUGGGCCCGGCCACGGCAUCAGUAUUGGAAGUCUAGGCAGGUCUCAAAACGAAUUUGUGAGUAACAUACACAUCAAAAAUUGUAGCCUAUUGGACACGCAGAAUGGAGUGAGGAUCAAGACAUGGGCGCCCUCCUAUCCUAGUAAAAUCUCCAACGUUAUUUUUGAAGAUAUUGUCAUGACCAAUACCAAUAAUCCCAUUUUCAUUGACCAGCAAUAUUGUCCUGAUUCCAGUUGCACUUCUCAGUCGAGUUCCGCAGAAAUAAAGAACGUAACGUUUGCAAAAAUUCGAGGAGUUUCGGGUUCAAAGUCUGCGGUGACGUUGAAUUGCAGUCCCACAUCUCCAUGCCAAGAUGUGAAGCUAGUGGACAUCAACUUGGUAUACAAGGAUGGGCCGGCGACGUCGUUUUGUUCCAAUGUUCGUGGUGGCGCUUUCGGCAAACAACAGCCACCAGGAUGUCUAUGAUCCAGGCCACUCUAAUUUAAUUAGUUUCCUCGUACUUCUUUUUAUUUGUUACAUAAAUGUAAUGGUCUUCUUAAUCUUAAAAUAUGUCCACUUUAUUUCAAUAGGUUUUUAGUUUUACUCCCUAAUUGAUUAUCAGGGUCAUUCGAAACACUAUGAUGUCGUUUUGUAGCCUCUUUUAUGUUCAAACUAUGCGCAUCAUAUAGUUAGUAUAAAUCUUGUUAUUUUGGUUUAACUA